AUGUCCUUUUCUUCAAACUCUCUCAUACAAAAUCGCCCACAGCCCUUUUUGUCGUCCACUCUAGCAACCUCAGACAUGUUUCAAAGGUCCUACAACUUUACCGCCGACACUUCCUUCUGCCCAAAGCCUGUCUCAACCGUCAACACUAAACAAAAUAACGAAAAUAUAAUCUCCCAAGAUGACUACGAUAACGACGAUGCCACAACCAUCAUGGAUCCUUCAGAUCUCUCCAAUUGCUCAUCCCCUGACUCUUUAGCAACUGUAAAUAUCUCUUCAAACUCAUCUUCCUCUUCUUUAGAUCUGGAUUAUGAUCAAAUCCAAUUCCAAAAAACCGGCAUCUACUACUAUCAAAAUAAUCAAGCUCAAAUUAAACAAAAUAAUAAUCAAGCCCAAGCUCAAAUUCAAAGCCAAAAUCACUACACUAACUAUAUCGAAAACUCAAAGCUUUCUAAUAACGCUUUUUCUACUCUAACAUCCAUAACUAACGCUUUUAACAACAACGCUAACAACAAUCCUAUCAAAAUCGAUCAAUUUAAUCAACUUUCCCAUAAUAACAAUAAUAAUAACAACAACAGCAACAACAACGACAAAAAUAAAAAUAACUUGUCCCUUCAACCACUUGAAUUAAGCAGCUCAAACAGCUCUCUGAACACCAUCAUCCUAGACCAAAACCAAUCAAUCACUCCCUCAAUUGCUACAAACUUCUCAACUGAAACUCUAACUGAAUCAACUAUAACUUCUGACUCAAACAACACAAUCGCUACCAACACCACCAACACUACUGCCACAACUAACAACGAUGAUAACUCAACCUCCUUAUCUCUCACCACACCAACCUCUCCAAUCAUACCAAUCAAAAAAUUAAAAUCUUCUCUAAAAUUAUCAACCUUAAAAAAAGAUGACCUCAAAAGAUCAAACUCAAUGCCCUCCCUAUCUAAAAAAUCUGUCAAAUUUAAUCACAAACUAGAAGAUGUCCGUUUUUUCAAUAAAUUCGAUAAACCCCUAAGUGUCAGAGAUGGUGACUCUACCUGUUCAAGUGAAGAUGACUACCCCUACAAUUUGGGCUCCCACAGAAAUUCCGCAGACUUUGACGUGGACAUCUUUGGCUACUCAAAUGCUCUCAACAUCUUCAACAGAAACCUGAUCAACGACGAUACUGAUUCUUAUAUCAAAUUUCGCAAAUCGAACUCAAUCUCUUCUCAAAACUCUCUUAGAAAAUCAAACUCUCACAUCCACAACAGUUUUUCAUCCCUUUCUUCUCCUUCCCAGCAAAAACAUCACAGAAGAGCUAAAUUUGAUAUUAGCUUUUAUGACGAUUACGAAAGUGAUGAUGAACUAAGUGCUUUUAACUACUCCUUUCCUUUAAACAACUCUAAUGCUCAUAAUAUCUAUCUCAACUCAAAACAAAAUCAAAAAGUUAAAUCAAAAUCAAAAUCAAAAUCUAAAGUUGGCUCUUGGAAAAUUAAAUCAACAAAUUUUGAUCGUCUAUUAUCAACCCCAAGAUUAGUCGACACCUCUUCAGAUUUGUCCUCAAACAUUUGCUUGGAAACUAUUUUCUUAUCUUCAUCCCCAGACUCAAUCACCCCAGUUAAAUAUUCCUCCCCUUCUUCCUCCAAUAAUGCUUUAAUUUAUUUAAUUGGCUUGAUUCUGGUUAAAAAUAUUGCCUACGAUAAACGUGUCACCAUCAAAUUAACUUUAAACAACUGGUCUACCUUUAAAGAAGUCGAAGCUACCUAUUUAAAAUCCGUCAAUAACCAAAUUGAUAAAUUCAAAUUUGCUUUAAAUUUAAACGACUUGGAUUCAAUGAAAUUAGGUAAAUUAAAUCUACAAAUGUGUCUAAAUUAUCAAGUCAAUAACAGCAACUACUGGGAUAAUAAUAAUAAUUCAAAUUAUGAACUUUCAUUAUCAAACUCUAAACACAAAGCAAGAAAAUCUUCUAAAAAGGAAGUAUCUGAGAAAAAUCUUGAAUUGCUCAAUAAUUUAUUAGCCAAUAAUAACGAUAAUAAUAAUAACAACAACAACAAUUCAAAAAAACCAGCUAGAUGCUUCCCAGAAGAUGAUGUUUAUACCUUUGGCGGUUGCAAGACUCCAACAAGCUCUCCUUUAAAUUUGACUAGUCGCUACACAUUUGAUUUUACUAGUCAAACAGGUCUUUACAUGGAAAAUGAUGAUUCAGAUGAUAUCAAUGAUCUCACUUCUUUAUCUCUAAGUCAGACCACAGCCAAGUCUUCAAAUGACCCUCUUAAAUUGUCAAAAUCUCAAUCGUUUACUAAUGACACAUUUAGCUCUUUUAAUUGCGACUCAUCUGGAUUUGGUUCGUCUUUAAAAGAUAUUUCUAAUGAUAAUAAAUCACCAAUUACUUCAUUAUCAAAAUUAAAUGAUGAAGCUCCAAUCAAAAAGGCUUUACCAAUUCAAAUGAAUUCAAAACUUUACAAUGACAUUUUGAAUAGUUAUUGCUUUUAUAAAGGUGAUAGCAAAUAG